AUGGCAAUUGUAUAUCAAUAUACUGCUCCAUAUUAUUGGAGUUCACCACAAAACCAAUUCCAUCCAGCCACUGCAGUUUCAUCUGCUGCCAGUAAAUUAACACCAACUUUUCAAGGUGCCACUCCAGAACAAAUUGCUGCUUUCCAACAGUAUCAACAACAACAAUUCAUACAACAACAACAGCAACAACAAUUCCAACAACAACAACAGCAACAACAACAACAACAACAACAAUACCAAUUACACCAUUCACUAUCUUCCAGUUCACUUUCUUCAGACUCUGAAAGUCCAAUCCUACCAUUAAAGAGACAAUUUUCAUCCGAUGACAUCAAUUCAAGUUAUGGUGAUGAUAAUCUCAAUGACCAAGAUGAGGACGCCGGAAGUGAUAUCGAUGAAGAAUACCUACAAGAGGAACAACUAAAGUCAUUCCUCCAGCCUUUUAUUAAACAAAUUUUAGAAACCAAAGCUUCACACUCAAUAUUAAAUCUGAUUUCAGAUUGUAUAAAAGAAUAUAUUACAGUAAAAACAAUGUUAUCAAAAAUUAAAAUUAUUUGCAAAGAAAAUCAAUUAGAUUAUAUUUAUCAAACACUUGUACAAACAUUUAUUAAAGUAGAUGGAGAUGUUAAAAUGGUCAAUUUCUUGGUUGACUGUGGCGUAGAGGAGUCUGAUUUGGAGUUUGUCAAAGACAUCGAACUCACUCAGAACAAUAUGGAAGUUGUAAAGAAGAAGCGUGAGAGAAAGAGAGAGAGUAUCAGCAGAGGUCUGAGAUCGCCACCCAACAAGUGGACAAAGGAAGAAUCACAGAAUCUCAUUCGUUUGGUUACAGAGAAUGGAGACAAACAAUGGAAGAAGAUUGCUUCGAAGCUGGGCGGCGGAAAAACCGGUGCUCAAUGCGCACAACACUGGAAGCGUGUGCUCAGUCCGGAGAUCAAGAAGGGCUCGUGGGACGAAGACGAAGAGCUCCUGCUGUUCCAGUUGGUCGACAAGCACGGUCAGAGCUGGAAGAACGUCGCCAUGGAAAUUAAGACACGUACUGACAUCCAGUGUCGCUACCAAUACUUCAAGGCGACCACUUCGCGUCAGACACCGUGGUCCACCACCGAGUUGGAGCUUCUCACCAAAAAGAUCGACCAAAUCCUAUCACACAGCUAUGAGGUGACCUCAUUCCAGCAGGUCGCCAAACAUCUGGCACGUGCCAAAACCACGAAAAUUCCACGUACCGCAUUGGAAUGCAAAAUGAAAUGGAACGAAAUCUGUUCGUUCUACCAACAACAGAAUCGUCAUAUUCCACAACAACAAAUCAUUCCAUUGUACAGAUCUGAUCAAAAUUUUUGA